AUCUGGUAACACUCUUGUUUAUAAAAAUCAUUGUCAUUCUUUUUAUUAUUAGUGAUUUUAUUUAAAUAAUUAGAUAUAAAUAAAAUAAAUACUUUCGAUGUUGCAAUUAAAAGAAAACAAAAGUAUUAAAGACUUCGAUGGGUAUACGGUUAUUAUUCCUAGCAUCUGCGUGGGAAACGCCGCUCAGCUGGCCUGUGAUUUGUUAAUAUCGUCUAAAAAUCUUAAGCGGGUCGGUUCCAUUCAUCAUCCAGCUCUAAUACCAGUUUAUGGUCCAUCUGCAUAUCAACAUGAACCACAAGAGAAAGUUGCUGCUUGUGAACUAUAUGAAAGUAGUGAAGAUAAAUUGUUAGUCUUUCAAUUCCGUUCGCCUUUCAUCUCGCGUCAUAUUAACGACUUUCACAGAAAGUUAGCCGAAAUUGUGGAAAAGGCCACUAGGGUGGUGAUACUUAGCGGCAGUUUUGGUUUUGAGAAACGAACAAUUGAAGCUUGUCCCUAUGAGUAUAAGGCAAGUGAAAAUUUCAAGGAAUUGCAUGAAGAGCAAUUAAAAUUAGUGAAAUGGAAAGAAUUUCAAGGUGAAAUGAUAUUUGGUGGCGGUAAUGCUCUGCAGUUGCAUCGAAUUUUGGAUGAAAAGAAGAUACCAGUUAUGCUGUUAUUCCGCUACUUGCUGGAAGGUGACAAUUCCACUGAUGCUACAUUGAUUAUCAAGGAAUUGAGUGAACUUUGUGAUGGAUUCUUAGGUUUUAAGACUGAUAAAGGUGGCAUUAAGCUGACUGUGCCUAUAUCAUGGAAAUUAUUAUUUGGCAAUGAUAUACCAGAACUUAUAUUUUAAGAUAAACUUUUUUUGAAUUAAAUGGUUAUGGUUUUUUAUUGUCAAGUAAAAUGGUCUUUGUAAUGGGACGGUAUAUGUACAGCAAAUAAAUGUAUGUAUUAAUCAAAAUGUUUAUUUUUUGUAAUUGUAGAUUGGCCUAAAAUAAAAAAAGAGGUUUAACAAAAUA